AUGUUUAAUAAAAAAAAAGACUAUAUAAAAAAAAAGUAUAAAGACGUCCCUCCAUUAAACAUUGGUGAUGUGAAUAGAAUUUUGCAAUAAUACAAGAAUGAUGAGGACAAAUUUCGAAUGUUUACCUCGAUUUUAGAAAUACAGAAAUAGCACAACAUUCGAACUCAUGAAAGCAAUACAGAAGAAAUACUUAGGAAAAAUGUAUAGAGAUUAAUUGAACUUUAUGGAGAUGUAGAUAUCAAUCAUGAUGCUCUAAACAAUAUUUAUAAGAAUGUUGAUGAAGAAUAGGACAUCCAAAAUUAGAUUGAAAAAAUUGAAUAUAGCAAUAUAUUUUAGGGAGAUGUGAAUUAGUAAAUGAUCAGCAUUUAAAGGAAGAUUGAGAAAUAUGAUCAUUAUUUGAAUGUAAUACAAACAAAGCUAUCCAAAAAUGUAUUCACAAAUUACUCAAGUUAUCUCUAAGCACUUACUCAUAUUGACUAAAUUGGAAAUAUCAGUUAGGAGCUGCUCAUCAAAGUUCGAAGUAGCAGAGAAAAGAUGUAAAAAACAUAACAAAUGGUUUUAAAGCAAAGUAAAUAGAUUUUAGGGAAAAGACAAUCAAUCUUAAACAUCUAACAAUUGAUUGAAACAUUAAAAAAAAUCAAAGAUUGUUAUGCUCUACCCUAUGAAAGUUUUGUAUUGAGUAUGUAGAAUGGAUAUGUAGAUGCUUCAAUCUACCUGCCGACAAUCAUUAAUAUUGAAAUAAUUGAAGGUUUGGAAUUGAUACCCAAAAAUUAUAAAGAGGAUAGGAUUGAAUACGUAAGAUAAUUAACUUGUAAAGGAAUACUUGAUUAGUUUAUCAAUUAUGAUGAAAAGAUUUACAAACUUCAUUACGAGUCCUAUCUUUAUAUGGAAAAAAACAAUCUUGUUCAACCUUAUGAAUCAGUAGUUCAUCUCCUAAUUAUGAGAGCAUUUGAAGCUAAAUUAUAAAUGGUCUUUGAUCAAAUUAGUCAAAUUUUAUCCAUUGACUUUUAUUUCGAUAAUUUAACAGAUUCUUUAAAUUAAAUUUCAAAGGAUUAGCUAACUGAAUUUUAUAGAGAAUUAUGUUGCCAAACAAUUCAUUUCUUUAUGAAUUUCCAUUUGAUCAUAAGAUUCCAUUUAGAUUACUCUCAAAACACUACAAUUAUUGAACUAAGGAAAUAAAUUUACGAAAAGGUUUUUGAUAGAAUAUGUGACUUUAUCAAUUAAACAACAAGUUGGCCAAGAAUGAACAAAGAAGAUAUGAUUUGUUUUUUUGGCAUGUUAACAAUAUUAAUUUCUAAAUGUGAAGUAUUUGGAGGCUAAGAUCUCUAGAAAUAUAAGACAUUUAUAGAGGAUAAAUUUAGUAAUUAUUUGGAAUCAAGAGGAAAUGACAAACAAAUCAAAGAAGCACUAAUAAAUGAAGAUUGCAAGAAAUGUAUGAAAAUAACACUCAAUUAAACUUAAACUGUUCUGCAAAUUGCUAAUAAAUAAUCCAAAUUCCAUAUUUUUGAAUAUAAAGACCCAUUUCCAGAUACUUUAAAUAUCUUUAAAUCAAUUGAAUAUAAGAAAAUUAUUGAUUUAAUUAUGGGUUCAACUGUUUCUUUUAAAAAGUAAACCAAUAAUUCCAGCAUAAUCUAUUUGGGAAAAGAAAGAACUUUGUUGCUGACUUAAACUAUUAAUUAAAUAUACAUAAUCAUCCAAUAGUAACUAUUGUACAUUCACUUUUGUCAAUAGCACAAAGAAAAGUUAGUCGAAGAAUUGAUAUUCUUAAUUAAUUAUUAUAUCUACACUUUAGCCAUUCCAAUUAUAUUGGAUGAACAUAAAAGAUAUAUAUUUGAUGAUGCUCUUAAUUUUAAUUAUGAUCAAAAGCAAGAACCUGAUCAAUAUACUCAAUAGUUUGAGCACAAUAGUUAAGUCAUCAUAUAUAGAGAGAAAUAUGGUGAUUUGGUUAGAUAUUUGAAAAAAAUUCAAAUUCCAGAAGAUCUUAAAGUCAAAAAGACUCAAACCUUUGAUCUAAUGGAUAGAGUUGUAUAUAUUGAGUCAAUCAUUUUUGUCAUAAAUGAAUUCGACUCAAUAAAGGACGUUUUUUAGGAAUUUAAACCAUUUUACUCUGAAUUAAAUUCAAUCAUAGGUUAACUAUAAGAAUUAGUAAUCAGAGAUUGUAUCAAUUUGGAACCUUAUGCUCAAUUAGUUUAAUGCAAAUAUGAGUUGAAAUAGAAUGACAAAGAUGAUCAGUAGAGAAUUCAAUUAAUUGACAAAAUAAUUUCUACUAAUGAGAUUAAAUUGCAAGGAUUGUCUUAACAAUAAUUAGCUGAAGUUUAGAAAAUGUAUUAUGAUGAACUAAUUUAUCUGUUUGCUGUAGUUUAUUCAAGAAUUAAGAAGGUGAAUAAUAUUGGUAGAGAUGUUAUGCUAAAUGAUUAUUAUAAAGUAUCGAAAACUUUUAAUGUUGAAAAUAGUUUGUAUGAAUCCUAUGUUAAAGUGCUUAAUUAAGCUCAAGCAGAAACAAUAAUUGAAUACAUGAAUAAUCACCAAAAAAUAUUUCCAUAUAAAAUGUUGAUGGGUCUUUUUAAUGCCUAAGGAUUAUAGAAUUGUAAGAAAUAACAAAGGAAAGAUUAAUUGUUCAAGAUCUUUUAACAAUACUAAUAAUGA